AUGGCCUCAACGUCUAAACAGCCCCCAAAGGGUAUUCUGAAGAAGCCCAAGUCUAUCAAAGAACGAAAUGCCGACCCCAGAGAAAUCGCCAUAGAGCAUGCCAAGAUCAUCCAACAUCGUAAAGACCUUGAAGCAGAAAUCCUCGACAGCUUGGUCCUCCUCUCCGAAUACCCUCUCGUCCGCGAACACCCUUACAACGCCUCCAACCCUUCUCCAUCUGAUAUCGCCGACUUCAAGGCUCAUGUGCGACUCUUUCAACCUUCCGACUACGACGACCUCGUGAUCGAGCGCAAUGUGAACGAGCUUUGUGGUUACACCCUCUGCUCGCGACCACGAAGGAAUACGGGCCCUGGCGGUCAAUGGAAGAUUUCCAACGGGAAUAUCAUGAAGCGCGAGGACCUAGAAAAAUGGUGCUCCAACCAGUGCGCCCGCCGCGCUCUUUAUGUCAAGGUGCAGCUUAACGAGACAGCUGCCUGGGAGCGGGCAGGUAUCCCAGAUAUUGAGAUCGAUUUACUCGACGAGGACAAAUCGAAGGAACCAGAAGUCGACCGAGCUGCCCGAGAGCUUGGUCAGCUUAAGCUCGAGGAGCAAAGGCAAGCAGCUCGAGAUGAAGCCGCUCUUGCUCUUGAACGAGGCGAACCAGAUGCAUCACAAAGCAAGAGCAAGAAGAUGAAUAUCACACUGAAGGAAAAUGAUCCUAAAGCGCCAUCCGCCUCAUCUGACAAACCAGAAGUCUACGAUGAACAUUUACUCGUUGAGGGCUACAGAACAAAACUCAACCUGGAGGAUAAGACGAAAGAUUGA